CGCGAUAUGAACCAACAGCACACCACCCCUAUCGCGGAGGCGGAACCAAAAUGGGACUAUUGUUUGAUGAUCUACCAAAUCGCUGAAAGCCAACACCGAUGAUCAGGACAUGGAACAUAUGGGCUGUGAUUGCUUGUCGGGAAAAUCGUUACCGAAGUACGCGCAAUGCCCCAUUUGAUAAGUGAAGUCUGAUUAUGACGGAUGUAGACCAGGACUCCGGAACACGUGGAGCCUCGUGGCUCAGCUCAGAGCGGGUUCAUACCGACUACUGAUGGGGUCGAUACUCCGUGGACUCGUCAAUGUUGCAUGUCCAUCAAGCACUUCCCAACACUGCGAAAUGCAAGAAAGAACUCCGCGCAAUGUGCAGUGUCAUCCCGCAAUUCAAAGCGGGAUCGGAUAACGACCGGAAGGGAGAUGAUUUCUCAAAGGUCCCUAGUGCACGAGAAUGUCAAUUGAAAACGCUUUGUCCGACAAGGCGUUUUGGGACAUAAGCGCUUGCCUAUACCAAACUCGUUGCAGCUUGGCCUGGGGUGAUCACGCCAACAGUCACUUGGAUGUUGACAGUGCCCUGAGGUGAGCAACGUUCUUCACGCAGGCUUAAGUCCUUUCAUGGAUUGCAUGGCACACUUUUGGGGAGUUCGCUUCUCCAG